AUGGGUCAGGAAUCUAGCAAGCCUGUAUGGCCCAAGCCAUCAGGAGGGUAUCAGUCCAAUACAGGCAGGAGGUAUGGAAGAAGGCAUGCUUAUGUCAGUUUCAGGCCAUCCAUGAGCCACCAGGAAAGGAUUUCCAGCCAGAGAAAGACGACAUCCGAAGUCCCAAUGCACAGAUCAGCCCCCAGUCAAACCACCAAGAGGAGCCGGUCACCAUUUUCCACCACUCGUCGUAGUUGGGAAGACAGUGAGAGCUCGGGAACCAGCCUGAAUGUUGAUAAUGAGGACUACUCCAGUACUUCCAGGUGGAGGGAUUCUGCCAAUGCUGAUGAAGGCCAUGCCAAUGGCCGAGGCAGAAGAGGCAGAGUUGAGAGUUUAAGUGGCUUCUGUGAGCCAAAGUACCCUGAGGAGAAGAGGGAUGCCAGGAAUGACCAAGUGAAGCCGGAAAAGGUGCCAAGACGACGACGAACCAUGGCCGACCCUGACUUCUGGACGUACAGCGAUGAUUACUACAAAUACUAUGAGGAAGACUCUGACAGUGACAAAGAGUGGACUGCUGCUCUGCGUCGGAAGUAUCGAGGCCGAGAGCAAAAUCUGUCAUCCAGUGGCGAAAGCUGGGAGACUCUGCCAGGGAAAGAAGAGCAUGAACCUGAUCAAGUCAGAGUGAAUUCCAGUGCUGGUGCCAGCCCCAGUGCUAGUGCCAGUGCGAACAGCAGUAGCAGCAAUGAACUUGAAGAAGUUCGGGGACCACCUCUUCAAGAAGAGGAGCAGGCAUCCCCAGAAGGAGAGGUUCCUUGGCUCCAGUACAAUGAAAAUGAGACCAGCAGUGAGGGGGAUAAUGAUUCUGGUCAGGAGUUUCUGCAGCCAGGAGUAUUCAUGCUGGAUGGAAACAACAACCUUGAAGAUGAUUCCAGCGUGAGCGAAGACUUAGAAGUGGAUUGGAGCCUCUUUGACGGGUUUGCAGAUGGGUUGGGGGUGGCUGAAGCCAUUUCCUAUGUGGAUCCUCAAUUUCUCACAUACAUGGCACUUGAAGAACGCCUGGCCCAGGCGAUGGAAACAGCCCUCGCGCACUUAGAGUCUCUCGCAGUGGAUGUGGAGGUGGCCAAUCCACCUGCGAGCAAGGAGAGCAUCGACACUCUUCCCGAGAUCCUGGUCACUGAAGAUCACAGUGCAGUGGGGCAGGAAAUGUGUUGCCCCAUCUGCUGUAGUGAAUAUGUGAAGGGGGAGGUGGCAACUGAGCUGCCAUGCCACCACUAUUUCCACAAGCCGUGCGUGUCCAUCUGGCUUCAGAAGUCAGGCACCUGCCCCGUGUGCCGCUGCAUGUUCCCUCCCCCACUCUAA